GUUCAUCAGACCCACAUCCAUCCUGCGAUGAUUUACCGAGGAAAAAUCAGCCUAGGAUGUGCCUUGUGCCGCAAGCGACGGCUGGCAUGCGAUAGGGGUAGGCCGUCGUGUUCGCAAUGCUUACGAGUUAAUAAAAAAUGCUAUGGAUAUCGAGAUCCCAAUGCACUGCGGGUCUACGAUCAGACCAAGGAAGUCAUCACACGCAGUGCGACUGUGGAGAGAAUAGUUCCUCAGCCUGUCUCAAUCACCAAUGACGACCGAGCCAUCUCUCACCUCUUCCACUACUAUGUCGGCACUGUGCAAAACCCAGGUGUAAUGUCGUACUUGCCAGCCCUACUGAGUACAGAUCCCUCUCCUGCGCUCCAAGCCACCAUCAAAGCCAUAGGGCUGGCCAGUAUACCGAGAAGGCCGGAAUUAAAACGACUGGCAGCGGAGCAAUACGGCAUAGCCCUGCGCGCGACCAAUAACGCGCUCAGGCACCCUGAUUCGGCAUUGUCCGACUCCACUCUGGGUGCUGUGUUCUUGCUGGGUGGGUAUGAGAUGAUAACAUGUCAAGCCUCGGACUUUCUGCAUAACUGGAUAAACCAUGUUCAUGGCGCGACGAAGCUACUCGAGCUACGAGGCGCAGGGCAGUUAGACACGCAGGCCGGGCUGGAAUUGUUUAUCAUCGUGCGUAUUCAAAAUGCAAUCAGCAGCAUGUUUUUCAGACUUCCCAGCCACAGCUACAAUUCGCCAAAGAUAGCAGCAUUGUCCGAAGCUGCAAGAGCCAAGGGGAACCAACAUUUCCAGCCAAUUGAAGAUUUGUUCGAUCUACUCGUCGAGAUGAACGAUCUGUAUAUCGAGGCUGAUGGCGCAAAGUUGAAUCACGAAUCUAUCGAGUCAUGGAUCGCGAGAGCUCUCCAUCUAGAUGCUAAGCUACAGUCGUGGGCUAUUUCGCAAAGUUCAUUUUGGCAGUAUACUGUCGUUGAUAGAUCACUAGGCAAUCAUAUAUAUCCUAUGUAUGGUGACCGAUACCAUGUAUACAACAGUGUCGUCAUUGCCUCAAUUUGGAACCACUAUCGCCAAACACGGAUCAUCCUCAACCAGAUCAUCAAAUCAAUGUCUCUCCGUCUGGGGGCGCUACAACAGACACCUGAAUAUCAGCUUCUCGUGCUUGAGUGUAUCGCCAACAUCGCCCAGAUGGCAGAUGAGAUUUGUGCGAGUGUCCCGUAUCAUUUUAUCUCCGGUGAGGUGGUUUUUGGGGGUACAUUCCGCCUGUUGUGGCCGUUGUUCUUUGCGGCGAAAUUUGCACCCACUGAAUCAGCUGUAAGGGAGUGGAUACUGCAUACGCUGGAUGAGAUUGGGAGGAGUACGGGUCUGCAGCAGGCCAUUGGAAUGUCGAAGGUUGUGACGGAGGAGAAUUUGUCACUUAUUCUCCCUGUGGCGUAGUAUAUAUGUCUGUAUAUUCAAGCUUAUAUACACGUCAUCUCGAUAUUUAAUACGCAAGUCAUGCAGACUGCAUAAAUACAGUUUUAGGACUUCUCUUCGAAAGCCUGGUCUAUGUCAUAGUGACAUCGAUAUGAAGAC